GCUGGGAGGACGUUCGGCAUGGAUUCUCUUGGAGGAUGGAUGUUCUGGAUCGUGUGUGUGUGCUUCAGCGUUUGGGAGAAUGCUGCCCUCAAGGUGAACAUAAGGGAGUCCAGCCUGGAGGUGGUUCGAGGAGAUUCCGUUAUCCUACCCUGCUCUUUUUACACCUCCUCCCGCCUCUCCACGCUCAACAUCAUCUGGACCCUGGCUCGCUCCUCCAGCCCAGAGACCCCCAUACAGGUGAUUGUUUACGACUACGGGCAGGUGAUAGAAGACCCGUCCCUCAUAGGCAGGGUGGCUUUUACAGGUCUUCCUCUGAGUGCCGACAUCAUCUUGAAUUACACUCGGCUGUCAGACGCAGGGACGUACCGCUGCAUGGUCAACAAUCUACCAGAGAAGGCAGAUCCAGGCAUCGGGGAGCUGGAGCUCAGUGUUCUGGAGCCUCCUUCCUUACCUGACUGCAAAUGGGAUGGAGACAUCAACCUGGGAGGAAGCGUCCGUUUGUCCUGCUCCGUGGCAGAGGGUGUCCCGACACCGGACAUCCGCUGGGAGAAAGUAAAUCCAGAGGAAAUCCCACUUCCCAUCAACAUGGAAGGGGACUUUUCAGGUUCGGUCCAAAUAGUCAAUGUGUCUUCUCAGACGUCGGGCUUGUAUCGCUGCUCUGCCACCAACAUCCUGGGAACAGAAAACUGCUACGUCAACCUGGCUAUUUACAGCACCCCAGACAGACCCUCAGGUUUACUGCAGGCAGUUCUGCUGACGAUGGCCAUGAGCCUGGUGUUGCUGGCUCUACUGGUCCUCAUCCUGUGGCUGCAUCGCACGGGGCAGGAUGGCAGGUGGAGGCAGAGGAAGCCAGAGGAAGAGGAGUCUUACAAUGAGAUCCGCUACACCCCAUCUCUGAUGAAACGCUCAUUUGUCUGA